UUCUUAUCGACAUUUUGAUACACAACUAUUCACUCUUUCACACAAUUCUAUGGAAACUUGUCAUUGAUAAAUAAUAGUCAUGUUGAUCAAUUGUGUUGUGAAUGUCAUCAUUGAGAUGCAGCUCUAGUCUUCUUGUUCACCGUCGUCGCUGUGUUUUCAACCCAAGAAGGACUUGUAGUACAGUAGCUUCGUUGAUUGAACGAGAAUUGUUAAAGUUACAGAGUAAAGCAAUGAAAGGUGACGCUGAUGACGCAAACGAUGUAUUGACAAAUUCUUCUCAAGUCGAAAGCCGAAAGGAAACCAUUUGCGAAGGCAAGGGAAAAGUAGUAUACAACAGUGGACAAGUAUUUUAUAACAAAGCACAAGCAUUCAACAGAGACCUAUCAGUUCUCGUGUUGAACUACUUUGUUUCAACUUGUUUAAACGAAAUGGAACAAGAUAAGAAGCUUCAAAACUCCCGGGCACUAUCUUACAAACGAGUGAUCGAUGACAAGCAGAAGACUUGCAAGUACGCUCAAAUGAGACUUGAUUCAUCAACCUGGAAGAAUCCAGUGGACCAUUUUUCAGUCUUUGAAGCGUUUUCUGCCACCGGUUUGCGUGCCAUACGUUAUGCAACCGAAGUGCCUCAUCUGUUUCCCAUCAUAGCAAACGAUAUGGACCAGGCUUCUUAUGAAACCAUUCAACAGAGUCUUUUAUUGAAUGAGAAUGUACAAGGUAAGGUAUUUGCCAACUUGGGAGAAGCCACGGAUGUCAUGUACAAACAUCGUUUUGGAGCAAGUCAAUGGGAUAUUAUUGAUCUCGAUCCUUAUGGUACAGCUGCACCAUUUGUAGAUUCUGCUAUGCAGUCAAUUAAGAAUAGAGGUUUGUUAUGUGUUACCAGUACAGAUAUGCGUUCACUUGCAGGAGUACAAGGCGGUAUUUGUUUUGCACGUUAUGGCUCAGUCCCUUGUACUUGGCCAAAGGCGUAUCGCAAUGAAGUUGGACUUCGCAUUCUUUUAUCAUUUCUACAAAAAACAGCUAGUCGAUAUGGUAAAUAUGUGGAACCCCUACUAGCAAUAUUUGUAGAUUUUUAUGUGCGAGUAUUUGUACGUGUCUAUGAAUCCGGUUUGCAAUCACAACGUUCGAUACAACACCAAGCUUAUGUAUAUGCCUGUAAUAGUUGUCCAUCGUUUUUCUUACAACCACUUGGUGCUAUUAGAAACUUUGGAGAAGCCAAUGAAAAGGUGGUUUGUGCCAAAGGCCCUCCUGUAGAAGGCGCUUGUCCUUAUUGUCAUUCGGAACUUUCUCUCUAUGGACCUAUCUAUACAGGAGCUAUCUUUCAACAAAAUGUAGUUGAAAAACUACUCCAUCAACUAGAAAACGAUUCCAAAUGGUCCUAUUUACCUUGUAAAGAGCGUCUAAAAGGAUUUCUCACAGUGCUUUGUCAUGAAUGUGCUGAUAUUCCUUUGUUUGUGGAUUGCAAUGAUAUGUCCAAAUUGCUAAGAACGAGUCCACCUCCACAAGCCUCCAUUCGUGAAGUGUUAAGAAAACGAGGAUAUCGAGUGUCUACUUCUCAUUUGAGACCAACCGCACUGAAAACCGAUGCACCUUUCGAACUCAUAUGGGAUAUCAUGAGAAUAUGGGUACAGAAGAAUGGAUUGAAUAAUAUAAAGCCCCACGAUGCCGCAUCACGCAUCAUGGCAACGGAACCAUUUCAUAUUUCACCCGAAGAGAUUGACUUUCAGAUACAUAAAGAUGCUUUCAAUAGUUGUCAUUCGGUUACUAGAUAUCCCCCACUGGAGAAACAUCAUGGUCCAGGAAAGAGAGCAACCGGAAAGAGAAAAAUGGAUCCAAACAAGUUACCAGGGCAAGAUUUAGAAGAUGAAUUAUAAUAUAUUAUCCAUUCUUAUUGUUAUUCACAAAAGUAGGUACAAUUUGAGUCUGUAUUCGUUCAUUGGGAUGAUGCAAACGACGAAAGAAUCGUUCAUCCUUUGAAAUGGCCAACAUUUGUUCGGUAUGAUGCGAUGAGAGCCAUUGUUCCCAUUCUUUGCUAUGGUAAUACAAUAAUGGUUUGUAAGAUAAUAGAUAAUGAUUGCUGUCUGGCUCACAAUAAAGUUUCCAACUCUUCCACACGUCCCAAACAACAUCCAAAGGUGCAUUGGUUUUCAAGCC